AUCCUGCCCGCCUUCUAGAGCUGUUGUUACUGCUGCCACUGCUCUUCUCCUCCUCAACACAACGUCACCAGAUAAAACCUGCCACCUACACCAAGCUUUUCGAGGACACGUCUCGCGAGACUUCCCGUUGCCACCGCCUUACCAAGGACUCGCUAUCAAACUGUUCUAUUCCCGACCUCUGCAAGCUCACGCGCGUACCCGAGGCCAGAAAAAACUUCGGUGGCCCCCCAGUCUCUGUUUACGUCUGAUCUUUGCACCUUGACAGCUGCACGAAUCAUCAUCGUCGUCUCGAGAGCUGAAGCUUCAGGCGCAACCGGGCCAAGAAGGAGUAGUCGAGGGUAUAGCUUUGAAAACGCCAGCUAGAAUAGCAUUGUCAAGCGACAACAGACAACCGCCAAGAUGUCUGGAGAGGCGUGGCUAUUCCUCUUCGCGGUGUUGAUAAAUGCCGUCAACUUGUUUCUGCAGGUCUUCUUCACCAUCAUGUACAGCGAUCUGGAAUGCGACUACAUCAACCCCAUCGAUCUCUGCAACCGCCUGAACACCUAUAUCAUCCCCGAGGCUGCCGUACACGGCUUUCUGACCUUCCUGUUCCUCAUCAACGGAUACUGGCUGCCGCUGAUCCUCAACCUCCCGCUGUUGGCGUGGAACGUCAAGAAGAUCGUUGAGAAUACACACCUGCUCGACGCGACCGAGAUUUUCCGGAAGCUCAACGUGCACAAGAAGGAAUCCUUUUUCAAGCUCGGCUUCCACCUGGUCAUGUUCUUCUUCUACCUCUACAGCAUGAUCGUCGCCUUGAUCAAGGACGAGACGAACUAGAUGGUCGUCUUGGAGCUGCGCCAGGUCGUGCAUACUUAUCGCGUUCAUUCUUGCUGCGGGCGAUGAAAUAUAAUUGCCUGUCCAAGAGAACGCGCGUGGGCACUCUGGUGCUCGAGGCGAAGUCUCAUUCUCUCGCAUCGUCCAGGCGGGAAUCAAUAGGCGAGAGUCCCUCAUGCCAGGCGGAAGAGGGACAGAAAUGGUGUUUGGGGUACGGGAGGGAGAAAAAGAGGGGGGGACUAGCCGCCACAUAGUGGCCAUACUCGUGAGCUGAAAUUACAUGCAAGCUGGGGAGAGGUGGCACUCAGUAUUGUGGGAUGACGCCCGCCAACGUCGCUACGAUCAUUCCUAUAUUGUCUAUGAGAGGCGGUGGGAAACGCAUCAUGCCUGCUUAUUCUUGAUUUGUUUUUGGUGGGUUUGGAAAGAGGAGUCAAGGAAACCUCGAGGCGCAGGCGAGAUUUUGAUGGAUGGCUAGUCGAUUUUGACUUGUCAUACUACUGCAAAUACCUCUACCCAAUUUCUCAUUUUGAUACCCUCUCCGCCUAGAAAUGAGAAAGAAAGUGUAGAACUGCG